GUCGCCAGGUGUGCGUGUGUGUGUGUACAGCGCACAUGCACUGUUACAAACCUGUGUUCCUUCUCGUUGUUCCAAUGGUCAUGUGUCGUAAUUGAACUUAGAGCGAAGCAUUAACAUCAUGCCCAGACCGCACAUAGGUAAGCACCCAUGAAUGGGAUUUGAACGAGGUGACCAAUGUCAUAGCAAAACUGACAACUUAAAUCUUCGGUGAAAGCGAGCAUAUAUAAAAGAGGGUGUUGUCGUCGAGGAACCAGUGGCACUGCAGCAUACUGCGGAGAGAUUCUUUCUCUUUUGUUAGCUGAGGAACCAUAGCCAUGAAUUUCCUUUUUAAGGUUUCCGUCAACUUGAUGAUGGCAGUGCUGGUGGUGCUGGUGGUGCAGAGUAGCGGCGCCCAACACCCGUACAGCUACCCCCCGAUGCCGUAUGAAUUUCGGUACGGCGUCCAAGACAAGUACAAUGGCAAUGACUACGGGCAUGAGGAGCAGAGCAACGGCGACUCGGUGACGGGCCGGUACUACGUUCUGCUGCCAGAUGGUCGCCGGCAGAUCGUCUCGUACACGGCGGACCACCAGAGAGGCUACAUUGCUACCAUUACUUAUGAAAACACGGGUGUUCAUUCUGGCACACACGGGGAUGGAGGCAACAUGUACGGAUAACUCACAGUGUAUUUACAGUACAAACGAAGAGACUUGAUUUUUUUUUUUUUUUUUUGGUGUAUAGAACGUUUUGUUUUCCCGUCAAGAAUAGUGAAUUAGGUGCGCUGCGGGCGGCGUAUUGCAGGGGAGACUGUAGUUACUGCCUCCUGUUGAAGUAUGAAAGUGUAAUUACAACGACUGAAUAUACGUAUGUUACAGCUGUGUCUUGGUAAUGAAAGAGUAAAUCGUGUAAGUAGUUUGGGAGUCGUAUUGUAUCAGUAGUUGCGGCACAGGUAUCAAAUUUCAACAUUCAUCACAAGUUUAAAAAAUCUGUGCAUUUAUCGUGACUCCACCAGCCAUUCUGACUGGUGGAGGAUGCAUACUUGCUGUAUGUAGUGCUUUCUGGUUAAGCAUGAGCUGACAGACUCAACAUUAACAAUAUUAUAAUUGCAUUAGAAAAACACCAGUCAAUAUCUUACAAAGUUCUGAGCAUGAAUGAUGGCUUGGUUGAUAUUGUGACUUCAGCGGAGCAGACUUAUUACCAGAAAAUUACUGCUUUGUUUUCUAGUGUGUAAAAACUUCUUAGUGUAGAGAACAAUAUUUCAGGAAUUAAACUACUUAGUGAUCCACCAUUAGGUGAUAACAACACAAAUCACUUUUUUCAGUAAAUUCUGACAUCUGUACGUCAUUGACGUAAGAAUGAACAGUAAGAAUUUGUAGUAGACAGACUGAAUCUUGUAAGUAUUAGAAAAAUUACUUUGUCAAGAAACAUCUGUAGUCGUUGGUAGUAAUUCCUUUUAGCAAACCUGUAACCGAGCUGGAGCGUGAGUGGCGAUGUGCUAAUCUAGUCCUUUAGUUGAGGCAGACUUGUCUCGUUAGCUUUGAAAAUAUGGGUUUCACAUUUUUAUACGUAAUAUAACGGCCCUCGAGCUCAUGGGACUUUGCUCACUCAUUCGACACUCCUCGAGACGCCCGCAGUUUCGGAAUCUUGAUCCACCGCUCCACUUACAUCGGGGCUUCAGACUCAAGCCUCGGGCACCAAACCCAAGCCCACCUCCUGCCUUACGGCUGACACCUCGGGCGUCUACUACUACACAGAAGAGGACCUACUUCCCUCUUCCGGGAGCUUGGGUUCUGCGUAAUCCUUCACACGAGCAUACCAGAACACUCACAACAUUCAUGCACACACAUUCACGUUUCUACUCAUUACACCAGUGCUACCCUCACGUCGCCACGCCACGCGUUACACCUGCACACACCCUCAUUAUACAAGUGCUACACUCACGCCACACUAAACACACACACACACACACACACACGCAUAGACAACUGCUGAGCCCGUGCCAUCACUACAAGUAUUUCAUAUUGUGUAUUGUUAAUUUCUUGUCCAGCUUGAUUUUUUUAUUGGUCCUAUUAUAUAUAUAUAUAUAUAUAUAUAUAUAUAUAUAUAUAUAUAUAUAUAUAUAUAUAUAUAUAUAUAUAUAUAUAUAUAUAUAUAUAUAUAUAUAUAUAUAUAUUAAUCUCAUUGUUGGGUCUCCUAGUGUUUUAACUUCAACCUUUUUGUGUGUCCGAGUCUGCCAUCCUCUAGAUUUACUGCCACACGGCUCGUGACAGUAACGGUUGUUGAAACUUUGUCUUGUUCAUUUUAUGCAAAAAUACUUUGUUGCAAUAAACAAAAAAAAAAAAAAAAAGUGCGGUGGAUUGUACGAUGGCUUAUUACUUAAGAUAUAAACAGUUUGAGAAAAUAGUGCCAUAUGGCUUGACAAUAAAUAUUUUGAAAUAUAUAGCAUAUGGCUUGACAAUAAACAUUUUGAAAUAUAUAGAUAACUCCAAUGUACAGUAAGUCAUUUAUCACUUUCACUCUUUUUCGAGUUGAGUGAGCUGCCAGGGAGGAGUGUUGCCACCAGACUUGCAUAAUGUUUGAUUUUCUGCUUCCAAGUAGUCACACUUUUGGCACCCUUGUUCAUGCCCUCUCUCUUCAUAUCAGAAUACCCAGCCUCUUUCUUUAGAACUAGGAGCAGCUUGGUCUGCUGUUCCUUCCUCGAACUCUCGUAACAGUGACUUAGCUCAUUACACCAGAUCACUAGCAACACACAAGGCAGAUGCAAUGUUACCAAAUGUCUCUUCUGAGGUGAUACGUAUAUAUAUUUACAUUUUAUUGCAGCGAAGGUAAUUUCUUUGCUACAGGAACGUUCUAUAUUUAUGUUGGUGAUGAUGAUUGGUAGUAAUAAUAAUGAAUAGAUAAUUAAUUAACAAUGACCAAAAUAAACGAAAGCAGCGAAAUAAAUGCAUCUUCCACAGGUGACCCUGAAAAAAAAAAAAAAAAAGACCGAUAUAAAAGUUGUAAAUGGCCAGGAUGAUGUGGUAUUUCCCUUGGCACUUACCGCUGAAUACCACACACGCACACACACACACACAUAAACGGGAAGACAUGACUGGCGAGAAACAGAAUGCGAUACAGUCAGAGGAAGCAUAUCACUGGCAAGCUGGAAGAGGAGGGGGCAGAGAAGGAGGAGGAAGCGCAGUGAACUUUGCAUGUGUGAUUUUACUUAUUCCCUUAUAUUAAUCAAGUAAAGUGCAUUAAAGGCUCAAUAAUAAAUCCCAGGCAUUGGGUUUAAAUUUCAACAGUAUCACAUAAGAGACGUUGGUGCACUUUACACUUUACAGUAUGUGAUGUAGCGUGCAGUUGGUGAAUAAUGUUAUAUUUUUCUCUGAGCAGCGACUGAGGAGCGGAUGCCUGGCGAAGUCAUGGGUGUCAAAUUAACUUUACUUUUCGCUUAUUGUGGAAUUAUUAUCACUUUCGCAUCACAUAACCGUGAACACCAAUUGAAGAACACCAACAAAAGAUGUCUGUGGUAACUCAAACAUAACAGCCUUGAACUAUUUGAGAGAAAACGUAACACAUGGCGAAGGGAAAAUUGCAAGGGAAACUUUACUAUACAUGGCGGUGGGAGACGCAAUACACAUAUCCGAUACUGCAAAUCGGCUCCUGGUUUCGUAGUCAAUUUUAUUCAUUUACUUAAUGGGGUA